AUGGACGCGCACGGUGAUGGACACCCGACGGCUGGUGCGGUUGAGCACGGUGUGACAGGGUCAAUUGACGGUGAUUUCGGUACUAGAGAUGCGACGCACUACACGCCGGGGAAAACCAACACCCUCAACCAACACUGGAAACCCAACGUGGACACUACAAUCAUACCUGUACACGGGCAGUGUUUUAAAUCAGUAUACGAAGGGGUUGAAUUCUACAAGAUCUACGGGCGAGCUAGUGGUUUUGACGUCAGGCACAGCAGUGUUAAGCGAGAUCGUAGCGGGGAUGUUAUCCGACGUUCUUUAGUAUGCAGCAGACAAGGAGCCAAAGGAGGAGGUGGGAGGAAACCCACGUUAGACGUCCGUGGUACUAGUAGUAGCAAUAAGCAACGACGGAGAAGGGUUUCUAACAGAGUCGGGUGCAAUGCAAAGCUUGGGUUGAAGAAAAAGAGUACUGGGGAGUUUGUGGUGUCUAAAUUUGUCGAGGACCACAACCAUAGUUUAUGCUCUGAGGGUGCUAAAUUAUUUAUGCGGGGUAACCGGAAACUUAAUGUAGCCCAACAGGCAUUUUUAGCAGAUUGUCUUAAAGUUAAUGUGGGCCCUUCUACAGGGUACAGAUUAUGCAGGGAAGUAGCAGGUUCGUUUGAGAACGUUGGUGCAACAUAUGUGGAAUUUCAUAAUUUUAAACGGGACUUGUACAACUUGGUGUUCGUCCCAUUUACUGGAGUAGACAACCACAAACGAUGCAUCACUUUUGCCGUCGGGUUGCUCAGUAAAGAGGAUGUGGAAUCGUAUAGUUGGCUGUUAGAAAGAUUCAACCUUGCAAUGGGAAAGGCCCCUCUAUGUGCUGUCACCGAUCAGGACCCUGCUAUGAAGAUUGCUAUGGAGCAGGUUUUACCAGGGUGCCGGCAUCGUUUUUGCAUGUGGCACAUUAUGACGAAGGUUAGUGAAAAAGUCGGUCCUGAGUUAUCAAACAAUGAGGAGUUUCGCAAGAGUUUGAAUGAUAUUGUGUGGAACAAAACAGCCUCUACCGGUGACUACGAAGUGCAAUGGCAGCUGCUGAUGGAGAAAUACAACUUAUCUGAUCACCGGUGGUUUCAAAAAUUGUAUGCAGAAAGGAAUCAUUGGAUUCCAGCUUUUUUUUUAGAUUUACCAAUGAGUGGGUUGGUACGCACCACAUCCCGGUCCGAAGCACAGAACAGUGUUUAUGGGAAGUUCACAUGCCUCCACUCCAGUUUGGUAGAGUUCUACAUGCAGACCGAGAGCGUCCUUGACACACAACGCCACAAUCAAGCUAAACUGGAUGCACAGUGCGAGGGGUCCUUGCCCGAGUUUAAAACUCCCUUGGCGUUAGAGCGGCACGCUGCAGAUUUGUUCAGACUAACUAUUUUUUAUGCUUUGCAGAAAGAGAUUGAAGCUGCCUGCUUUUAUUGCGAAGUUGUGGGCAUCCGUGAAGAUGGGGGAACCAUUUAUUACAACAUCGGAGGAGAUUGCACCACCACGCACACUGUACAAUACAAACCGAGCGGGUGUAUUGCUUUUUGCAGCUGCAAGAUGUUCCAACGACUGGGUCUAAUUUGCAGACAUAUGUUCCUAGUGUUCAAGUCUGCACAUAUAGAGCAAUUACCAUCCCAGUACGUUGUGGAACGUUGGCGCAAGCACCUAGGUUGCGGUGCAUGCAGAGGGUGGCGUUCUGAUGGUGACCCCCCAAAAUCAGGUGCCUCAGAACUGUGGUCUGAGAUACAAACAUGUGUUGGGAUGGUUGGUGAGAGCAUGGUCCGUCAGGCACGGAUGGUAGAGGUACUGAAAGAGUUGAGAGAUGAAUUCGCGAGUGACGGCACGAUCAUUUGCGAAGCAAAGGGCAACAGAGCCGCGAUCGAGGCAUUAUGUGGGGUCAAGCCACCCCCAUGUAUAACCAUUAAACCCCCGGCACAAGCUAAGAACAAAGGGAGUGGGAAGCGUAUUAAGAGCACCCGGGAGAUAGCCAUAGAGAAUAGCGGCAAAGCCGGUCGAAAGUGUGGGGUGUGCGGUGAAUACGCCCGUCACAACGCACGUAGUUGUCCUUCCAAGCAACGGGCAGUUUAG